AUGGCUCCCGACAAGUAUAGGACUCCGCCCCAGGCCCCGCCAACCUUCACUGGCACCAAGGAUUCCAUCGUCAAGGACGCCAAGGAUUUGUGCGACUCCACGCGAAGCCUGCUUGACAAGAUAGUAGCCGAUGUCUCCGUCGAGAAAGCCUCAUUCGCUUCCGUCCUGAAGCCCAUGACCGAGGAUGAGGACCAGUCUGGUCUCUCGGGCCGCAUUCUGGGCUUCUACCAAUACGUAUCGAGCAACGCCGACCUCCGCAAUGCCUCGACCGAGGCCGAGACGAUCAUGGAUGAGUUCGGUAUCGAGUGCAACAUGCGAGAGGAUGUGUUCCAACUCGUGGAUGCUGUUGCCAAGCGCCAGAAAGAGCAGGAGCCCGACCUCGACCCCGAGAGCCUGCGAUUGCUAGACAAGGAGCGGAAGAACUACAUCAAGAACGGCCUGGGCCUUCCUAAAGGCCCUCAGAGAGACCGCUUCAAGGAGAUCAAGACAAGACUGAGUCAGAUCGGCAUUGAGUUUCAGAAGAAUCUGAACGAGGAGGACAGCGGUCUCUGGUUCACCAAGGAAGAACUGGUGGGUGUCCCCGAAGACGUGGUCGACAAUCUCGAGAAAGGGUCCGGCGAGAAUGACGGCAAGGUCAAAUUGAGCUUCAAGUACCCAGACUUGUUUCCGACGCUCAAGUUUGCCCAAAAUUCCGAGACAAGGAAGAAGGUGUUCAUUGCGAACGAGAACAAGCUGAACGAGAACAUCCCACUGUUCCGGGAGGCUAUCUUGCUGAGGGACGAGGCUGCGCGCAUGCUAGGCUAUCCCAACCAUGCUACCCUCCGCAUCGAGGACAAGAUGUCCAAAGAACCCGCGACCGUUAACACCUUUUUGGCCGACCUGCGAAAGCGCCUAGCCCCUGGCGGAGUCAAGGAAAAGGAGCACUUGCUCGCCCUGAAGAAGAAGGACGAGGAAUCUCGCGGCGUGGAAACCGAUGAUAAAUACUACCUGUGGGAUCACCGCUUCUACGACCGUAUGAUGGUCGAGCAGGAGUACAGCAUCGAUGAGACCAAGAUUGCCGAGUAUUUUCCCCUGCAGAACACCGUGCGCGGAAUGCUCAAGAUCUUCGAGGAGCUCUUCGGACUUGUCUUUGUCGAGCUCGACGCAGCCGAGCGUGCAAAGAUAUCACCCACUGGGAAAGCAGAGGAUAUUGCCUGGCACGAGGAUGUCAUCAUUUUCUCUGUCUGGGAUGACAGCUCGGAGGGUGAUGGCUUCGUUGGCUAUCUCUACCUGGACCUCCACCCCCGCCAGGGCAAGUAUGGCCAUGCUGCCAACUUCAACCUCCAGCCCGGCUUUUUGCAGCCCGACGGAUCUCGUCGCUACCCCGCCACUGCGCUCGUCUGCAACUUCUCGAAACCCACUCCAACCAAACCCUCCUUGCUGAAGCACGACGAAGUUGUGACGUUAUUCCACGAACUUGGCCACGGUAUCCACGACUUGGCUGGUCGCUGCAAAUAUAGCCGCUUCCACGGCACAAGCACUGUCCGUGACUUUGUUGAGGCUCCGUCUCAGAUGUUGGAGAACUGGUGCUGGACCCCCAGCCAACUGAAGGCUCUGUCGAAACACUAUGAGACGGGUGAGCCUAUCCCGGAUGAUUUGAUUAAGAAGCAAAUCGCCACCAAGCAUGUAAACGAUGCUCUCUUCAAUCUAAGGCAGCUUCACUUUGGUAUUUUUGACAUGACAGUCCACACCCCGGAGAGUCACGAGGAGCUGGAGAAGAUGGAUUUCAGCAAGCUCUACAAUGAGCUGAGAAGUGAGAUCGCUGGGUUAGAUGGCCCUGAGGCAUUGGGUGAGCCCAGCACUUGGGGUAAUGGCCAAGCCACCUUCGGCCACCUCAUCGGUGGUUAUGACGCUGGCUACUACGGUUAUCUCUCGAGUCUUGUGUACAGCACCGACAUGUUCUACAGCAUCUUCAAAACCAACCCCAUGGAUGGAAAGGAGGGACGCCGGUACCGCCACACGGUCCUGGAGCGUGGAGGCAGCCAGGACGAAAUGACAACUCUGGAACAGUUCCUUGGGCGGAAACCAAGCAGUGAGGCUUUCUACCGCGACUUGGGGGUUACAGCAUGA